AAACAAAAUAUAAAUUAGUUUUAAAAUCCGAGGGAAGCAAGAGAUAGGAGAAAAUAGCAUUCUCUCUCUUCUUCUCUGAACAUUUCCCUGCGCUAAAAAUGGAAGAAGCCCAAGUGAGAGAGAGAAAGAUGGUGAAAGGCGAGGAGAUAUAGGAAGGAGAGAAUCCAUAUUCAUAUUCAGACACAACAACAACAAAAAAGCUUCAAUUUUUGUGAAAAAGUUUCUGUCUUUUUGGGGGAAGAAGGGAAAGGUGUGUAAGGAUAGGGUCGUGCGUGUCAACGAGAGGUGCUGCUAGACGUGAAGCCUCCUCCUCCGCAUCGGCGAGGAGGCUUCCGUCGCAGCACCACCACAGCGGUAGCCUUAGCUCUUCUGGCUACGGCGGAGAACCGUCGGAUCAAUCCGAUGUCGGCGGUGCGAAGAUGAAAGGGCUUUUCAAGUCUAAGCCACGCACUCCUGCUGACCUUGUUCGACAAACGCGCGAUCUCCUCCUCUACGCCGAUCGAUCUACCUCUUUGCCUGACCUCCGAGAAUCCAAACGCGAAGAAAAGAUGGCGGAAUUAAGCCGCAAUAUCCGUGACAUGAAGUCGAUUCUCUAUGGAAACAGUGAAGCCGAGCCUGUCGCUGAGGCUUGUGCGCAGUUGACUCAAGAAUUCUUUAAAGAGGAUACUCUACGUCUCUUGAUUACUUGUCUCCCUAAACUUAACUUGGAGGCUAGGAAAGAUGCUACUCAAGUUGUUGCCAAUCUACAGAGGCAACAGGUCAAUUCACGGUUGAUUGCAUCUGAUUAUCUUGAAGCCAACAUUGAUCUUAUGGAUGUUUUGAUAGAAGGCUUCGAGAACACAGACAUGGCUUUACACUAUGGUGCUAUGUUUAGGGAGUGCAUCCGUCAUCAGAUUGUGGCCAAAUAUGUUUUGGAGUCUGACCAUGUGAAGAAAUUCUUCGAUUACAUACAGCUUCCUAAUUUCGACAUUGCUGCCGAUGCUGCUGCUACUUUUAAGGAACUGCUAACAAGGCAUAAGUCUACUGUUGCCGAGUUUCUAACCAAGAAUGAAGAUUGGUUUUUCGCAGACUACAACUCAAAGCUUCUUGAAUCAAGUAAUUAUAUAACCAGACGGCAAGCUAUUAAGUUGUUGGGUGAUAUAUUACUGGAUCGAUCAAAUUCAGCUGUGAUGACGAAAUAUGUGAGCUCAAGGGAUAACUUGAGGAUUCUCAUGAAUCUUCUGAGAGAGUCAAGCAAGAGUAUCCAAAUAGAAGCAUUCCAUGUCUUCAAGCUGUUUGCAGCGAACCAAAACAAGCCUGCAGAUAUAGUCAACAUUCUGGUGGCCAACAGAAGCAAGCUUCUGAGAUUGUUAGCUGAUUUAAAACCAGACAAAGAGGAUGAGCGGUUUGAAGCAGACAAAAGUCAGGUUUUGAGAGAAAUCGCAGCACUUGAACCUCGAGAUCUUGCUUGAACCAACCAAUGCAAAUCAUCCUUCCUUCCCUUUGAAAACACUCGAAAAGACAUUUUUGAAGCAUCUUGUUGUUUUUUAAAUUAGGUAACCAAUCUUUCUCUCACUCUCUCUCCACACACAAAACACACACACAAAAGAUAUUUGUUCGAUAUAUGUAUUCAUAUGUACACUACUUCACUGUCGAUGAAAUAAAAUGGUUUGUCAGAAGUUCACA